UUGCGGGGUAGCAAUAGGUAGGCCUACGCAUUACACAGAUGAAGCAAGGUAAUUUUAGAAAGCAUAUUACCAACAUUAAAACUUUAAAAUGGCUAAAACGUGUAUAAAACGAGCAAUUUCAUCAAAUAAGCUAAGCUAUGUAUGUAUUUCUAUACCAAGAAUACCGCCAAUAACCAUGUAAAUGAGUUGCCCUCGUAGGCCUUUUACUAGCCUCCAGGCUAAAACAACAGACAGGGAGAGGGCCUCUCACCGGAGACAACAAAAAUAGGUCCUGGGGAAUUCUUCCCAACAUUUUGACGAAUGCCUAGUGCAGUUCUCCUGUCCAUGGAACCCUUUCAGGUUGGUUUGCGAAACGAAAAUGGCCGUGAUGAAGAUCGGUUGUGGACAGCCCUCUACGACUACGAUGCGGCAGGUGAGGACGAACUAUCAUUGCGUCGGGGAGAACAGGUGGAAGUGCUCUCCAAAGAUGCCAAAAUAUCAGGGGACGAGGGAUGGUGGACAGGAAAAAUUGGCGAAAAGGUUGGGAUUUUUCCCAGCAAUUUCGUGACACAGUGCGUAGGAAAUUCUAAUCGACCAUUUGAAAUAAAGUUUUCUGAAUUAGAACUAGAAGAAGUGAUUGGUGUUGGGGGUUUUGGGAAAGUGUACAGAGGAUUUUGGAAAAGUGAAGAAGUUGCAGUGAAAGCUGCUCGACAAGACCCAGAUGAAGAUAUUAGUGCUACAGCACAGAGUGUGCGACAAGAGGCUAAAAUAUAUUGGCUCCUAAAUCAUCCAAACAUUGUUACAUUGAAAGGUGUUUGUCUUGAGGAGCCCAACUUGUGUUUAGUAAUGGAAUAUUCAAGAGGUGGACCUCUGAAUCGUGUACUUAGUGGACGCACAAUUCCUCCAGAUAUUUUAGUUGGCUGGGCAAUACAAAUAGCACGGGGAAUGAACUACUUACAUUCUGAGGGUCCAAUUUCACUUAUUCAUCGAGAUUUAAAAUCAAGUAAUGUUUUGUUGAGUGAGCCAUUGGAUACUGGUGACCUAAAGCAGAAAACUUUGAAGAUCACAGACUUUGGACUAGCCAGAGAAUUGUAUAAAACCACUCGAAUGUCAGCAGCUGGAACAUAUGCCUGGAUGGCACCAGAAGUCAUAAAGUCCUCAACGUACUCCAAAGCUAGUGAUGUUUGGAGUUAUGGUGUGCUUCUGUGGGAACUAUUAACUGGGGAAACACCUUACAAGGGUUUUGACACAUUUGCUGUUGCCUAUGGUGUUGGUGUUCAAAAACUUACAUUGCCAAUCCCCUCUACCUGUCCUUCUCCCUUUUCAAGAAUAUUGAAAGAAUGCUGGAAUAUUGAUCCUCACAGCCGACCAACAUUUGUCAACCUUCUUACUGACUUAGAAGUCAUAGCUCAAUCUCCAUUCAUGAGCACACCUCAGGAAUCAUUCCACACCUUACAGGAGGAUUGGAAACAUGAGAUUGGAGAGAUGUUUCAUGAGUUGAGGUGCCGUGAUAAGGAAAUAAGGUGUAGAGAAGAAGAACUGAGUAAAGCUAUCAUUCAGCAAAAGAUUCAGGAAGAAAUGUUGAAGAAGAGAGAACAGGAACUCGCCGAGAGGGAGUUCUACGUCUUAGAAAGAGAACUCAGUAUCAUCUUUAUCCAGCAGCAACAGGGAAGACCAACUCCUAAGAAAAGGAAAGGAAAAUUUAAAAAAAGUAGACUCAAACUGUUAAAACAUGGAAGUCAGCAAAUUAGCAUGCCAUCAGACUUUCGGCACAACAUCACUGUACAACCCAGUCCUACAAUGCGAUCAGAUCUGAAGUCUCUGCUUAUGCCCUCUAGUCCAGAAAGUCCUCCAGCCUCACCUAAUCACCCUCGGUUACGAGCUUAUGCAUUGCCAGCUGAUGGUGUUAAGGGUAAAACCUGGGGGCCCAGUACCGUCCACCAAAAAGAGCACGGGUAUUCCAGACAAAGGUUAUUAAUAGAUGAAAAUAAACGUUGGUCAAAGAGUGCUCCAAACCUUGAAAAGUCACAGCGUGGGACUUUUCCAGUAGGAGGAGUUUCUAAUAUUGGAGCACUUCAUGAGAUUGGAGUAGAAGAAGAAUUGCAUGACAAUAUGGGGUCUCCUCGACACUGUGGAUCUUACAAUGGAACAGUAGCUACGGACUCUGGAAGCGUAAAGAGAUGUGGCCGUAAGCUGGUUGACUCUGUGUUAUGCAAUCUUGGUGCCAUGUUGGCUGGAGUUGGUGCUGGAUUUGAUGUCCGCACAGUCAACCAGUCUCAUCUCCACCCUCGAUUGACUCCUUCCAGAGCAGAGGAGAAAGAAGAAGAGCGUCGGUGGUGUUACCGAGAUCCUGAUUCAUCAUAUUGCGUUGGACCUGAAUAUGAUUUCUCUUCUGCUUCUGGCUAUGCUCACAACACUUAUCAUGGGCAAACCCGGCACUAUAGGCCUAGCAUCAGCUUUGAAGUUAGUGGAUCUCCUCUGCGGUUCACAGAUUCUCCUCAGCACAAUCCAAGUAUUGGAUCUGGUGGAUCCCACAACCUUCAUGCUCAAAGCCCACGACGAAAAUCUUCUAGUGCCAGUAAUGACAGUGAGCAUGUUUUUACCAGUUCUAGCUCAGGCAUAGGUCCUUCACCCAUGGGCAUGCCACCUCCUAUGGGAGAAAGGUACUUGGAUUAUAAUCGUCAAGAUAGCUACCCGGCUGUACACAACCAUUACACUGAAUAUGGGUCACAUUACCACUACCACCCAGAAUACAGAGGCCCAGGCUUGGAGUCCAAUUAUUACAUUGAAAGGUUUUAUCAAGAUUAUUCAAGGCCAGAAGUUUAUCAUGUUGAAAGGAUUUAUCCUGAUUUUAUGCGCCAUCAAGAAGGCUAUCAUGCUUAUGAGAACCCCACCUCAUCUGUUCCUUCAGGAAACCCUCCAACUGCAAGCUCAGCCCAACCUUGGACUCCUCAGAGAAUGGUUUACGGACAUCGUCGAACUUCAUCCAAUGUAUCUAAUGCCUCAAAUACAUCAUCAUCAAACAUAAAUCCUUCAUUCCAUAUGGAUGACCAUGAACAUAAUAUACCUCAUCCACCAACACCACCUCCUCCAUCCCACUCUUUGGGUUAUCACUAUCCCUCACAACUUCCCCAGUUAGAUACUCCAAGACGUCAAACCAGUGUGGACUCCUUCCCCGAUCGACCUCUUACUCUAGACAUUCCAGGAAGAUACCGCCCAACUCCUAUUUUUAAAGUCAAAACUAAUGUAGGACGAACCUCACCACAAGGGUGGGCACCUUCUUCCAGUGGAGGUGGGACUCCAACCAACUCUAAUCCCCCUGAUUCCAACACAUGGAUAACAUCUGGGGAGAGUUGCAGUAUCUCCCGUGUUCGUUUUCAAGUGGGAGGCAGUCAUGAAGAACCUACACGAAUUAGUAGAGCAAUAGGAACUUCUGGAAAUGAUAAAACCCUGCUUGACCUGCCAGCAGAAGGUCAAUCUCAGGAUGGAACCAUUCCACUUACUGCCAGAAUGCAACUUUCUAUAUAUAAAAAGCAGAGACUGGCUUUUCAAGAUAGGGAAAAAGAUUUUUUGCCAUAAUGUAAAGUUUCUUAUAUUUCAGAAAGUCAUCACAAUGACACCUGUAGAGUGACCCAAGUUCUAACAUUAGUAUGCUGAAUUAGUGAUAAUACUUAAAAAAACAAUAAUUCAUUCUGUAUUUAAACAUUUUAUCAAGUAUUUACCUAUAACAUUCCAUCACAGGUACUUUUAAUAAAGUUGGCUGCUCACAGGUAACUCUCAUUCAUUAAGGGAUGUGGUAUUCCUCUUUUGCAGGUUGUGAACUACUGAUAGGAUAACUUUCUCUAUGUACAUAUAAGUAAUCUUAAAGCAUAGGCUUAAACUUUCUUCUUACUUAAUCCUUGCAUACAAAUUAAUGAAAUUACUAAAAAGGUCACAAACAAGUUUAACAUUUUCAUAACUUUUCACUUAUCACUAGACAAAAAAAGAAUCUGUAAAACCAUGGCAUUUUAAAAAAAAUCAGUGUACAGAAUUUUUUUCUAGUUUUUGUAUAGAAUGAGACUGUUUUACUUAUUCUCUGGUAGACAGAUUAUGUAAUUUUCAUGUAAAUCAGUUUUUUAUUUAGUUCAGAGGCUAGAGGGAUACUCUUGUUUUAAAUGAUUGUGUGUAAAAAUCAGUUUUUGUUUUUUAAAUAGUUCUGUUGAUUGAAGCAGUUGCAAGAAGAACCCAUGUUGCUAGUCUUAUUCCAUGCAAGUUGCGGGUAAAUUCUUAAACUGCCGAGCCCAGGUCACACUUUUAUAUACAGCAAGUUACAGAGUAUUGGUUUGUGAUAAAUGUAGCAUCAUAACAGCCAGCUUCAGUACUAAUCACAAACACAUAUGUAAUAACCAUGAAUAACUUGAUGUAAACCUGAUAUCGUAAUAACCUCUUUUGAACAAGAACUAUAAUUGAGAUGCAUGUAGCACAAUAGUAACCAGCUUCAAUAAUAACUGCAUGUACUUGAGAGUCAUGUGGCCCCCUAACAACCAACUUCAGUAAGAACUACAAGGUUUUAUGAUGCAUGUAGCACCAUAGUAACCAGUUUCCUUGAGACCUACAAGAACUGUAUCCAUUUUCAGUAAGAACUAUAAGCGCUUGAGAUACAUGUAUUACCAUACUAACCAGCUGCAAUGAAAACUACAAGCAUUUUUAAUACAUUUGAUACUAUAACAACUAGUUUCAAUCAGUAGAAAGCACAAGCACUUGAAGUACUUAUGGCAUCAUAACAAACCUUUUCAGUAGAAUCCACAAGAACUUAGGAAAUGUAGAAAUAUAAUACCCAGUUUAGUUUGGUACCAUAAUUAUUUGAGGUAUUCUUAGCACCAUAACACACAUGAUGUUUUAGCACUUAUAGUACAGCUGGCUUUUUAAUAGUCAACUUCAGUAGAAACAACAAGUUCGUUAGGUACAUGCUGUACGGUAACAACUAGCUUCAAUGGGAACCACAAGCCCUUGAGAUACAUGCUGUACUGUAACAACCAGCUUGAGUUAGAAACCACAGCCCUUGAGGUACAUGCUGUACUGUAACAACCAGCUUGAGUUAGAAACCACAGCCAUUGAGGUACAUGCUGUACUGUAACAACCAGCUUGAGUUAAAAACCACGGGCUUUUAAGGUACAUGCUGUACUGUAACAACCAGCUUGAGUUAAAAACCACAAGCCCUUGAGGUACAUGCUGUACUGUAACAACCAGCUUGAGUUAAAAACCACAAGCUCUUGAGGUACAUGCUGUACUGUAACAACCAGCUUGAGUUAAAAAACACAGGCUCUUGAGGUACAUGCUGUAUUGUAACAACCAGCUUGAGUUAAAAAACACAGGCUCUUGAGGUACGUGCUGUAUUGUAACAACCAGCUUGAGUUAAAAAACACAGGCUCUUGAGGUACAUGCUGUACGGUAACAACCAGCUUCAUUAGAAACCACAAGCUCUUGAGGUACAUGCUGUACUGUAAUAACCAGCUUCAAUGCGAACCACAGGCACUAAUAACAUCUCACCUAUCUUCAUUUUAAACUAAAAUAUUUGAAUAAAGAGCUUGCUGAUUUAGAGCAGUUCAUCCAUUACCUAUCUACAGUAACUGUUUCUUAUAAUCAUUCAUCCAUCCUCAGUACUUACAGCUGGAAGACCAUUAUCCUCUUCAUAGUGUAAAUUCUCAUGCUAAUGUUUAAUGUAUAUUGUAAGGAAAGAUAUUCUUAAAGUAUAUUAUAAAAGUGCUUUAUUUCUCAAAGUACUUCCUGACUAUUUCACAUUCCCCUCCCAAAAGCUGCAAAGAAUGGGAUUAUAUUAUGUUGUGUCAACUAUAUAUUAGCCAUAACUAAUUAUUUUCCAAUACAUUUAUUAGCUAGCUCAUGAAAAUAUGUGGCUCUUGGUUACUGUAGGAUGAAGCCAUUUCUUUAAUCCUCAGACACCUCCUUUAUUUUCAUAGACAGCCAAAUUCAGUAUUGUUUUGUUAUUGUUACAGUCUUAGAAAUGACAUGUAAAAUAUAGAAGUCAGUUUCAUUAUUUUGUACAGAGUUAAAGACCAUUAAUGUCUGUUCAAUCUUUGAUAUAACAACAUUUAAUUUUUGAUUUGACAUAAUACUGCUUUAUGCUUAGUUAAGCAAAGAAUAAACAAAAGUAUAUCCAUUAUUAAGGGUAAACUAACCAGGCUGGGUAAAGGUAGACUUGCUAUUGUGGAUCAGUGAAAUAGGCUAGAUGAAAAUGAUAUUGCUAACAAGGACGAACUAAGUAGCCUAAAUUAAAAUAUAGUUACUGUAAAAAUUUAUAAAAGAAAUUCUUUUUCUAAUAAAUGAGUUAUGACUAAAAUUUUAAACAAAACUUUUGCCGUGUUAAAAAAAAGUUGUUCACAUAUGUAUGUAUAAUGUUUUUUAUAAUUUGCAAGUUAAUGAAAAUAAUAAUACAUUCAGUUUUAUUACUGAUCUCACCUUGAUGCUAAGUGGACGUUUCUAAAAUGAAUCAACAUUUUUUACAAUUUUCAUAUGUUAGAGUUGAUAAAGACUUUUUAUAACAACUGCAUUUCCCAUUAAUUAGCAAAUUCUAGGUGAUGUCUUUAGCUUUAACUAAGCUAAAUUAUAUCCCUCCUUAUAGUUAACAAAUAUUACUUUCUCAGCUGCCUUGAUUGAAAGAGAGAAAUCCUUACUUUAGACAUGCAUCUUUAGACAUCAAAUUGCCAAAGAAUCUCAUUUCUGCUCAAGUAAAGUUGUGGUGAAAUUUUCACAUUUAAAUACACAUAUACAGCUAGAGCAAAUGGUAAGCAAUAUUAGACAUAUUUCCAAGUUUGAAAAACAUUUCAUAUAUAUAAGAUAUUUAAGUGGUGACUUUGUACACUUACCAAUGAAGUCAAGUUUUUCACUUUUUGUAAUAGAUUCCUUGGUUGGGUAGUUAGUUAAUGAAGAUGCUAAAUGAUCAAAAGCGUUAUGCUAUGAAUAACUAAUUUAUACUUCAGGCUUGUUUUAUAUAUAUGUUUGAUGAUUCAGCCUGUUGGGACCAUUUGUUUUACUUCGACCAGAGUUAAGUGUGUGUACAGAAUCUUUGUGUAGUUGUGUGAUCAUUCUUAAUGAUUAUUUUUUAUUCUAACGAUUUUCGUUGAUGGCACUCUCAGGGUUUAGGUUACCUAGAAAUAUCAGUCAAUGAUGUUUAUACUAAAGACAUAUGUGGACUCCUAUCUUUCAAAACAAUAAAUAGGAAAUAUGUGUAAUAUCCACUAAAAAUGUGAAAAAUGAGAAUUUUGCAUAAUUAUACUGAAUGUUGAUAUCUCGAGUAUCCUGCCAUAAUCAUAUUAUAUAUUGUUUGAACAUUAUAUUUUAUUUAUGGUUUGGAAGAUUUAACAAGUUGGGGAAAAAAAAAAAAGAUUUGGAUGUAAAUUUGUGUAAUUUUAAUAACUUAUCUGUUUGACUAUGGAUAGGAUGUCCAGAAAGUAUGGAAAUCUUGGAUAUAUUUGUUUUUAAUUGUACUUGAAAUGGCAACCUUUGAAAAAAGUGGCUUUCUUAAAUGUUUGAGAUUUUGCCAAUGGAAAAAUACUGUAGAAAAAUCAACUGUGGAAGAGCUUCCCUCUAGUGUUUUUGGAACAGCAACUAGGCUAAAAACAAAGUACUCUUUGAGAGUAAAAAGUAAAAAUAAAUAUAACUAAUAUUAGGGUUUCUCAUGCAUUAUCUUCUGAAGAAAGCUCUCAAGUACGAAUAACAUGUGAAUACUUUUUUGCAAACUGACAUGAAAAUGUAAAUAGUUUCUUCAUUAACAAUUAUAAAUACAAUUACUACCAAAUAUUUAUUCAUCCAUUAAAGACAGAUUCUUAAAUGAAUGAAUGAUUUUUUUUUAUGCAAACAUAUUUUUUAAGUUCAAAGGCUUGCAGAACAAAAAAAUGUAACUUACUGUUGAAACUUUUGUUAUCUGUUGAAUUCACAUUACAUGAGGUAGACUUUAUCUUUUAAUUUUUAUUUGAUCUUGUGAAAAGUUUUACAUUUUACUGUGAUUACACUUUACAUUGAUAAAGUAAAUGAAAAUGAAUAAAAAAUCACUGAUCUAUCUUGUAUAGUAACAGCUUGGAUACCCAGAAUAUUUAAAUGUUUAAGCAUAGAAAUAAUUAAGCUUCACAAAAAGAGAGAGAGAGAGAAAAGAGUGAAUAGUCAAAAAGUGGUGAAUUGAGCAAAGCUUUUACAUAAGUGUAAUUGCAAGGACUAGAAGAAUGUAAAAUGUUAAUGAUGCAGAAGUUCUAUUGAAAAACAAUAGAGGUUAAUGAGUAGGUUUUAUUUAUUUUAUUGAAAAGCACAACUAAUAUGGUAUCAUCAAAAUUUAAUGUUAUAGAAUGAAGAAAGUUUGUUUCCAUAUGAGUUUAUUGCAAGAUGUUAACAAAUGUUAAUCAGCAGCUAUUAAGUGAGAAAUUGUGUGUCCAAAAGUAUAUUGUUAUGUCGGACUUUAGUGAAAUACUUUGACAUAGACUUGUGUCAUUGUAAACAACAACAAAACUAUGCACUAAAAAAUCUGCCAUUGAUCGAUUCACUUUUUUUUUCUGUACUCUGUCUUCCACACUAACAAUUAACCUCUCUCUCACUUGCCUCACCUGAAUGUUGACUUGUAAUUCACGUCGAUCUGUACAGUAUCCUGCCUCGAAGUGAAGUACAUUAAAUUGUUAUUUACAGUCUGA